CUACAAGGGGAGGUACUACGACGACUAGUAUUAUACUCAACGUGUAUAGAGCGUCCUGGCAGAAGGCACACACAUACUCUUCUUCUACCCCACUCUUAUCCUUUUUCUCCCUUCUACCUCUCUUUUUCUUUCUCUUUUCUCUCCCUGCUUGCUUGGUUCACAGAUUUCACAAGGAAGGGGAGUGGGCACAGCAGCUUUAUCCAACAUUUGAAGUGCAUACACAUGGUUUUGAUGUGGAUGGAUGUAUUUGAAUGCUACCAUCAUCCUCUCAGCAACCCAAAACUUCAACCAAAACCAAGACAACUGCACUCUGGAAAAAGGGGUUUCAUAUUCACCCAUGAGAUCUUGAAAGUCAAAUCCACACUCAGUGGUUUCAAAAGUUAAAUGACCCAAUAAGUACAAUAAAUUAAGAUCAGAAUAGAGUGAGGGGGGUGGGGGGAAGGGUUUAGUCUGUUCAAUCUCCCAGUUAAUGAAAUCCCUCUUUUUUCUUCUAAACCUAAGUUUUUGUUAUGUUCUUUUUCUUUUUCUUUUUAUAAUUUCCUUCCUCUGGUAGUGAUACCAUCUCAUGGGUAGUGUCUGUCAAUGCCCAGAGUGGGAGCAAGGGUGCACAACAUGCCAUGCCCAUAUUGCUGCCAUGUUGGUUCUCUCCAUCAGUGACAUAAUCUUUGUCCGCACCACAUCCGCAGCAGGGUGGUGCGUCAGGGAGACCGCGUCCGUGGAGACGCGGACGCGCGGCUGGUUGUUGUUGCCUUUGAUUCAAACUGCGAGUGGAAGUAGAGAAGCCCACAAGCCGUAUAAAGAAACUUAAUGGGCGAUUCAGUAUUCACACUCCCUUUGGACUUAAUUUGGUGGGUCACGUAACGACGGGUUGCAGCCGGUUUCGGGCGGUUGCUGAAUCUGCCCCUCUCGCACGCUUUCUUUCUCGACUUGUGGCUAUUGGCUUGCGAAGCUCGGCUUGGUCUAGGUUGCAGCUCUAGAUUUGUAUACCCAGGCUGCCUGAAGCUCUCGCAGGAGAGGAACGGCUUCAAGCUGGUGGAUGGAGUUCCCGAGGAUGCACUACCUCUGAUCCGCAAAGAAGAGGAUACUCGCUCCGUCGUGAGAUUGUUUUUCAGAUGUUCCGCUGAUGCUGGUCGGAAUCGCCAGUACUGCACACGUCGGGUUUAGACCACCAACUGAUGACUCAUUUUUGCCGACUAAAGCGUGGAAGGUGAAAAGAGUUUGGUGUUUUACAUGCAAUGCGGGUGUUCUGCUGGGAGGGCAGGUUCUGAAGCAGAAUUUCAACUGAUUUGUUUAAUUUAUUUUUUAUGUUUUCCCCCUAGAGACUUGUAGGGUUCAGAAAAUUCCACAAAAUACUCCGAGAUUCGCAGAGCGUGCAUUUUCAGAACUCUGGUACCAAUAAGAAAAGUCGUACGAGCCGGAUAAACUGCGUGGAACUCUGGCGACAAACUACCACGUACACUCUUGGGCUUGCUUUGGAAAUAGAAACUGUACAUUGUACACUCAUGCUGCACCCUACUGCAUGUGUCAUUGCCUCAUUGCUGGUGUCUGAUGAAGAUGCAUACGGGAGAGCAAGAACUACCUUUCUAGUUCCGAAGUAGUGGAAAAGCACGGCAGCCAGUAGCUCUAUAAUUGACAAAAAACCGACACUCGUGUGGACUUUUCCGCAUCGCUACUCAAGAUUUUUUGAUCAGCGAAGUGAUUUGUGAUGCUGGGAGUACGAGUUAUGUCAUCUGCCCAGUCGUUCCAGGUAGCAGGAUCGCAUCGAUCCUGCCAGGAGAUAUAUGAGGCGUGCUCGACGGAUGCUGACCAUGAAAGAUCAAGCAUCGAUUGCGAAGGUGAGAUGGAAGUAAUUCUUGACACUCUCUACGGAGAGGAGGCAAUUACGUCUGCAUCGGGCUUCGUCGAGUUAGUGAGGAAGUGGCAGGACCGCCGUGCAGAAUGUGGGACCUCUUUCCUUGUUCUGCAUUGUGAUCUGUUUGGGCAGGAAGCACAAUUGAUACGGCAGAGAUUCAGCUUGAAGCGCAACACAAAUGUGCACAUUGUCUACUCGGAUGUGCGAGAGGGUGACGCGGUAGUAGGAAGCGGUUACAAUUUGGACACGUCUUUCUUCAAAGUGACAUCGAAAACGGCUAUGAAAGAGAAAGUGAAGACAAUUAAGGAACCCACUGUUGUGUUUCUUGGAAACGUUUUGCUCAACGGCAAUAACCUUGGGGAUUUCACUCUGGAUGAUAUACUUGUAAUGUACGUGCCAACCAUAUUUGCCGAGUUUUAUGCACACUCUCUAUCGGCAUUGAUGAACUCCUUGCACACUUUCACGCCAUUUCUAGACGACGGUUCCAGGAAAUCUAUUCGCGGAGGCAAGGUGAAGGCUCCAGCCCCAGUCUGUUGCUUAGAGAAUGUAGUCACACACUCCCAACGCAAACGGCUGUCCGAGAGAGACCAGGCAUUAUAUGACAGUGCAAAUCUUGUUGCUACCCAGCUUUAUAACGGCAUGUCGUCCUAUUUUGGAUCACUAAUUUGUCAAGACCUUGAGCAACGAUCGGCUAGACUCGGAUUCGACCUGAGGAUAGGAUUGGAAGAUGAAACCGUGCCAUUCGACAACCUCUACGUCGCCAGAGGUGGCGAGGUGCAGUUACGACGGGGUGUGGGCGACAGCUCCAGCUAUGAAAUUGUCUGUUGGACUGCAUACGGUUCCCCGGAAGGUGGCGAAUUCGUCAUACCUGGACUCCUGUACAAGUUUGACACUGGUCAAGGAAGUACCAUCCUCUUCCGCCCAAAUCGGUACUACCAUGCUACCCUUGCACCCGAAAAGAGAGACAUCGUGAAUGAGAAGUUCGCAGUGGCGCUAGUUAGUUAAACGCCACCGUGCAGAUUCAUAGUUUAGCCUGUGGUUUCAUAACUCAAAGGUGCUCAGCAGUCGGUCGUCAGUGGCUGUUCGAACCCCUUCGCCUAGGAACUGUUCUCAUCGAUCUUCAAUUCAUGCUUUAGACCAUGGAUGACAACUAUGUCAGUGGAUAAGUAGUUGCAAAAUGCUUCAAUUCUCCACUGAGCUCACAAAACCCUCCACUGCAACCGUACUUUUCCGUCAGCUCAUGAGCCAUCCACAGAGGCUAACUUACUAGAUCUGCAAUUAGAAUUCAUAAAGCCCGAUGAGAGGCGCCACCGCUGAUGGAUUCUGCCAUCAAGAACAAUCUGGACACAGAUUUUUGACGAUUUAGGAUCUGAAUGUGUUGAAGUCAAUGAAUUGAGUUGAGGUAGAUAUCCACCUUGCUGUAUGGGAGAGAAGGAAGAAAGUAGAUCACAUUUAUGAAAAUAAAAACAGUGGGAAGUUGAACGUUGACAUGCGAAGCUUUACGUCCAAUUUGUAGUACCUUUCAAAUUAUAAUAAAAAAAAUCAAGAAAGAAGUAAAUUAA